AAGUGUAUACAAAAGUAUUGUGAUAUAGAGGUUCUCAUUUGCAGUUGCUGGUUUCUCACGCCAUUGUGUUCAGAUAAGUGUCCAUUUGAAUCCUUUUUUUGCUAUCUAAUUCAAUCCCCCGCACAACAAAAGUGUGUUGCUGUCCGCCUUGGAAGCCUAGCUUCCACAGAAAAUCAUGGAUGAAGACAGUGAUCACAGCGAAGAUAUUCCUGCUAAGAUGAAACCCCCCGAUGAAAAUACUGAUCUGCCACAUACUAACUCGAUUCUCGUGUCACAGUCGGCUCCACAUGUUUCCCAUACACCGGUGUCUCCAAAUGUCAAUGAUUCUGACUUUGUUCUGCCGCCACCUCUUCCAUCCUCGUCCGCCCUCUCAUCGUCGUCGACUGAUGUAUCAUCGCAGUCCAUUACCUCAAAGUCCCCAUUAGUAAAACGACACAGGUGCUAUCCAGAAGCUUGCAAAGGUCCGUAUGAAGUUUUCGUACGUCAGAAAGAUAAACCAGUUAAAGUUCUCCUGGUUUCAGCGGAGGUGCAUAAACAUUUUCGAUCUGUGAAGGAGGUAAAACAGAUCGGUUUCUCUAAGGUUCGGAUUAUUUUUUCGGAUCGUUCCGACGCCAACAAUGUUGUCUACAAUGAGCUUCUAAGCAGGCUUUACCGGGUUUACAUUCCAAGUGAGCGGGUUGAAAUAGAUGGGGUAAUUUAUCAAUCUGAAAUGGAUUUGAAUUAUCUUGCGAAAGAAGGACAUGGAAAGUUCGUAGAUCCUCGUGUACCUCAAGUAUCUAUUCUGGAGUGCCAGCAAUUAGCCGAAGAAUCAAUAUCACUCAAUCCAACUUGUGCGAUUGCCAAGAAGACUACCACCACUUCGACCAUGUGCUAUGGAACUGCGAUAAUUACACGGAACCUCGAAUCACAAUGCAGGACGCACUUGAUACCAUAUAGGCAGACAACCCAAGACUCCAAUAAGAGAUAUUUUGGGAAUGAUGGACAUUCCAGCUAUGCAGAUAAUUAA